AUGGAACCCGCUGCUGCUGGAAUCCUGUACGCGGCACAGGAUGUAUUGUCUGGUGCCGCCGCUCUCGUGAAGGGCAUUACGCACCCAACUCAACCGAUCAAAGCAAACCUCACACGAAUCACCUCUGUUCCCUUGCCACGGUCGCAGCACACCGUCUCAAUCGUGAAAGGACGAGCCUACAUCUUUGGUGGUGAGACAGCACCAGGGAAACUCGCCGACAAUGACAUGCACAUCGUAAUCCUUCCAUCAAGCGGUGUCCUCGAUGCAGACUAUACCUCGAAGCCCGCACAAGCUGCUAACGGCCUGGACGAUGUUCCAAGAUCACGAAAGGGCCACACAGCUGUUGUAAUAGGUGACACCAUUUACAUAUGUGGCGGUGAAGGACACGGGAUCACCAAUGAGAACGGCAGGAUAUGGGCAUAUCACACGGUGUCGAAUGCAUGGUCGUACCUGGACCCAGCUCCUGGCACGACGGCUCCAAGCCAUCGCGUGGGACACACUUCAGCCAGUUCAGAUCUUCCAGCUGCAAAGACUGUAACAUAUCAAGAGAAAUCUCCACAGCAGCCGGCCGAUCCCGUCAAAGUGGUCCCCGAACCGCCAGUCGAUGAUACUUGGGGCACCAUAUUUAUUGUAGGCGGCCACGAUGCCUCCAGUCGAGCGCUUGCUACCGAUGCUCUGGCCUUCGACUUGAGGUCGCGCACAUGGUCGAACAUACCUUCGCCGCCGGGGCAGCCGCGUGAGGGCGCGAGCCUCGCACUUGCGGGCAGCAGGCUGUAUCGCUUUGGAGGCAAGGGAGUCGAGACGUUCGCAUCUGGAGCAUUGGAAUACCUCGACGUUGCGCCUGUGUUUACGCAUGCCGAAGGUGGUACUACACCGCUGACCAGUGGUUGGGCCUGGCAAGAGGUAUCUCACGUCGAGUCGAAGGAAUUGUCAGCACCGCAGGCUCGAUCAAGUGCUGGCCUUGUCGAGCUCACUACUGGCCAAGGCCGGCACUAUCUACUUGCUGUCGGUGGCGAAGAUGAGGACUCCAAGUAUUUGGAUGACAUCUGGACCUUCCAGCUGCCCUCAGAGCACGCUACCGCAGCAGCAACUAAGGAUGCUAUACGCGCAAGCAUAAAGCGCAACACUCACCAAGCAACUUGGGCAGAGGUACUUUACGAGUACGUUGAUACCAAGGGCGAGGAAGAGAAGGAAAUUCCCGGUGAGCCCAGGCGUGGGCUUGGUGAAAGGGGCCAGUUCGGCCUUGCCAAAGGCACAGAAGUUGAUGGAGCCACUUGUGUCGUCUGGGGUGGGGUGGACUCUCGGGGGAAUGUACUGACCGAUGGCUGGAUGGUUACGGUCGACAGGUAG